AUGUCGGUGGAGGACGCGGUUACCGAGGGUCUUGCAGAUCCCAUGGAUCAGAAUGCGUCCGCCGCUGAGGAAGCUAAGCGAAUGCUGGCUGAGCUCGAAGACGAGAAAGCGUCUACAGACCAGCCCGCCGGGACAAAUGGGGUAAAGAAGGACGCUGCCGCCUCGGACGUUGCGCCAAAAGGGACUGAACCUGCGGCGAAGGACGGGGAAGGAGCCAAGAAGGAAGGCUACGAUGACGCCGAGGAUGAGAAGCGGGAGCGCCGCGAGGAUCGUGGCCGUCGUGACUAUAAUGAUCGCGGUCAUCGUGGAGGUAGGGGCGAUCGCAAGGGCUACCAUGACUGGGGUCGCGAUCGAGGCGACCGUGAUGGCUACAAGCCCCGCAACCAUCGCGAGAACAACAAGUUCGAUCCUACCACUAAAGAGAUCACUGAUGAUCCGGCGGAAAUCCGCAAACAGGUUGAAUUCUACUUUUCUGACUCCAACCUGCCCAGAGACAAGUUCCUCUUUGGUUUGGUCGGCGGGAUCGAAAACAAACCUGUCCCACUCAAGACGCUUCAUUCCUUCAAACGCAUGCAGCGCUUCCAACCCUUCGAGGCAAUCGUGGAAGCUCUCAAGAGUUCCAAAGAGGUCGAGCUUACGGAUGAUGAUACGGGUGUGCGACGGAAAACCCCACUACAGGAAGAUUUCUUCAAAGUGAUCCCGGGGAAGUCUGAUGCGCGCAGUGUGUAUGUCAAGGGCUUCGGCGAGGAAACUCCCAGCUCCCAGUUCGACAUCGAAGCGUUUUUCGACCCGUAUGGCCCGACCAAAGCAGUGCGAUUGCGGCGCAAUGACGAGAAGACGUUCAAGGGCAGCGUCUUCGUCGAGUUUGAGACCGAGGAGCUGGCACAGGCUUUCCUAGCGCUCGAUCCCAAACCCAAAUACAAAGAUCGAGACCUGCAAAUCAUGAGCAAGACAGAGUACACGGACAAGAAGGAGGCGGACCUGAAGGCAGGUAGGAUCACUUCCAACCAGGACGAGCGUCGGGGUGGCAAGAAGGGCUACCGAGACCAGCGCGGCAGCGGGGAUUAUGACAAGCGUAAUCGGGACAGAGAUGAUGACAGAGACUGGAGAACACGUCGGGAUGAAGACCAGAAGCGUGGUUUUCGAGACGACAAGAGACGAGGUGACCGUGAUCGUGGGGGUCGUGGUGGCCGUGGUGGCCGGGGUGGGCGGCCGGAGUGGCGCGGAGGUGGCAGAUCGAAGGCGCCAGAGACAGACGAGCGGGGGAUCCCCUCUAUCAAAUCCACCGCACCUGAGAAAGAUUCGGCUCGUGACGAAGCUCUUGCCAAAGCCAAAGCCGCGGUUGAAGCGGAUAUGAAGGAGCAAGAGGCGGGGAAGAUCGAGAAGACCGCUGAGACGACGGAACAAGAUCGUGCCACUGUCGCCGACAGCGCGACUUCUGCUGGGAAAAAACGCGCACGUGAGGACGAUGCUCCUGAGGGUGAAGGCGGCCGUGAGGUCAAGAAGGUCGAUACCAAGACGGAACCAGAGGUGGCCGAAGCCAAGUCAUAG